UCUUUAUAUCCUCACAUACUUUGUUCAAAGCAAAAUACUUAAGUUUCCACCAACAAGGUAUGCCUUCCUUUAUGGUUUCCUAAAUAAUGAAAAGGGACAGCUUGGCUGUUUUAGUUCUAUGUGUGCAAUGUAUCUUAUCAAUAGGAUCAUGCACACACAUACGUGCAAACACAUUUUACAUGCACAUUAUAUUUAUUCACUUUCUGACAAAGCUAUGAAACUAUGUUUAUAACACAGUUAGCCACAUUUUCUUACCUUUUACAGAUACUGAAGCUAUGAUUUCAGAAGAACCAAAGACAUUUUCCCCUUGGCAAACGUACUUUCCCUCAUCUGAUUUAGAAGCAUUUAGGAUCCGUAGACUUCCGUCCGGAAGAUUAGCUAUUCUGAAAAUUAUUAAAAAAGGUUUUUUCCUCUUUUACUGCAGAUCAGCUAAGUGGUAAAAAAUUCUGAAGACGUCUGAAACCACCACCAUGGCAAAGUUGCUCUUUGUCAACAGAUUAAAGGGGAAAAAAUGCAAAACUAAUUCCUCCACUAAAGUUCUCCAAGAUGCCAGUAAUUGGAAUCACCGAAUUCCAAAUUCUCAGAGCAAAGUCAGUACAGAUUCUAUUGGAGAUGAAGGGUUCUUUGACCUGGUAAGCCAAUUUCAGAACAAUCGGAUGGAUGAUCAGAGGUGCUGCUUACAAGAACAGAGCUGUGGGCCAGCUUCAACUGCAGCAUCUUCCACUCCCCCUAGAGUGAUGCUUAAAACAUCAUCUGUUUUCAUGGUGUCCCCGAACAUGGAUGAGUUUUUAGACCUUGCCAGCUCACAGAGUCGCCAUCUCGAUGACCAAAGGGCCAGUUUCAGUAAUUUGCCAGGUCUUCGUCUGACACAAAACAACAAUAAGUCUGUACUUGGCCACCUGAUGACUAAUGACAACAAAGAGCCUGAUGAAGACUUCUUUGACUUCCUUGUAAAAUGUCAAGGGCCCAGAUUAGAUGAUCAAAGAUGUGCUUCACCACCUGCCACUACAAAGGGACCAACAGUACCAGAUGAGGACUUUUUUAGCUUGAUUUUACAUUCUCAGGUGAAAAGAAUGGAUGAACAGAGUUCUUUUACAAAGAGAUCAAAACAGAGACACUGAAUUUGUACUGAAGGACCUUUUGCAAAGUAAAGCUUUGUUGGAAUUUAAAAAUAUGGGGAAAAAUAAGCAAACCACUAGUUAUUUAAAAAUAAUCUCAUUUCCUUUCAGAACACGGCGAAGAAACUCAAUUUAUUUUUCCUUAAAAGGAGAAAUUAUAGCACUGUAAUACAGCUUAACAUGCUCUAGAAUGAUGUAAAUAUUUAAUCUUUAAUAGUAUAUUAGCAUUCUUCUGGACAUAGAUUUGUUUCAGGGUGGAGGUGUCUGAUCAAAGGUGCUUCAUCACCUUUUGUGGUUAAGGCUCAGGAUUGUGUUCUUUGGCAACUUGUUAGAUUCCUUUACCUAGUGCUUGUAAAGUAAGAAGGUAAAUGAAUCUAGACUAGAGUUUAAUCCUCGUGCUAAUUCUUUAAAGUCUUAAUGGACAAUGACAUUUUUUUUAUACUGAACCAUGGAGGUAGUGAGAAAUUAUGCUGUUUAGUAAAAAUAACAACCUUGUCCAAUGUGUAAAAAAAAAAAAAAAAUCUUUUUAAAAAUCUAGAUCUUUUUUUUCUGCUAAGAAAGCCGCAUUUUCAAUGUUACUAGUUCAAAGCCAUUUAUA